CAGGUCCGAGCACGACUGGGGCGAAUAAUAAUAUUAUUAAUAAAAAGAAAAGAAAAGGGGGGAAAAAGAUACCCGCGGAUUUGUUGGGGACUUUCUCUGCGUGCUUUCCCUGCCUUGUUCGGACAGAGAGCUCUAACCUGCUUCUCCAUUUUUAAAGCUCUCCCCUAGCUCCACUGUAAAUAGCCAAAAAAAGAAAAGAAAAAAAAACCCGACAGAAUGACAACACAUUUCAGGAGCGGCCCAGCCUUCGGACUCUCCGCCGAGGUCAAGAGUAAGCUUGCAGGAAAAUAUGACCCACAUAAGGAAGAGGAGCUGAGACUGUGGAUUGAAGAUGUGACUGGCAAAAGGAUUGGGGACAGCUUCAUGGAUAGCCUGAAAGAUGGAGUACUGUUGUGCGAGCUCAUAAAUGCUCUCCAGCCGGGCUCUGUGAAAAAGAUCAACCACUCCAGUCAAAACUGGCACCAGUUGGAAAACAUAGGGAAUUUCGUCCGUGCCAUCACGGAGUACGGCCUGAAGCCACACGACAUCUUUGAGGCCAACGAUCUGUUUGAGAAUGUCAACCACACUCAGGUCCAGUGCACACUCAUCGCUCUGGCUGGAAUGGCCAAGUCCAAAGGUUUCCACUCGAAGUACGAUAUAGGGGUGAAGUACGCAGAGAAACAGCAGCGGCGCUUCGCUCCCGAGAAGCUCAGGGAGGGACGUAACAUCAUAGGCCUGCAGAUGGGCACUAACCAGUUUGCCAGUCAAAAGGGCAUGACCUCUUACGGGACACGACGCCAUUUGUAUGAUGCCAAAAUAGGCAUGGACACCCCUGACCAAUCUACUAUCAGCCUACAGAUGGGCACCAACAAGGGAGCCAGCCAGUCCGGCAUGACGGCUCCAGGAACCAGGAGGCAUAUUUUUGACAAGAACCUGAAGCUGGAGGACUGUGACACCACCACCAUCUCUCUGCAGAUGGGCACCAACAAAGGGGCCUCUCAACAGGGCAUGACCACUUACGGCCUGCCCCGCCAAGUCUACGACAACAAGUACUGCAUCAACCCCACUGAGGCCAACUGCAACAACGGGAGCGAGGUGGAGUUUGAUGGCUACAACCAGUACUCUGACUAAGGGGAAAAACCAUGGACAGCAGCACCCUCCCUCCCACCUCCCUCUCCCUCACCUCCAACCCCCACCCCCCUUUCUUUUCUUUUUUUUUGCUUUUACUUUAGACAGCCAGCCGCGACUGUCCUUGCGACAAUCAGACCUUUUUCAGAUCGAUUGACGUCAUCGUCUGCUUCAUUUCCCGUCUUUUAUAAACAAGUUUUUGACUCUUCAGCUUAUUGUUUGGCUUUCCGUGAGUAAAAGAGAAAAAAUGUGUUUACACUGACCUUCCGUCACAAAAAAAAAAAAUGUGGUGGCCAAGUUCAGUCGCUCUAGUUUAUAAUGUUAUUGUUACAGCUAAAAAUAACCACACUCUGAAGCGGAGACUUUUUGAUCUUUGAUCUUUUGCUAUUUAUAGUUUUUUUUCCUAAAGCUUUUUAUACUUGCAUCGUAAUAUAGAAUUUUUUUUUUUUUUUUUACCCAUGUAACCAGUCCAGUUUGAACAUAAUGAAGCAAAAUAUGCAAAGUUCCUGGAGGGGAAACAAGUUGGUGCUAUUGAACUUCGACCCAGUUGGAACACGUCCACAUUAAGAGCUCUGCAGGCUCCAGGAUACCACUCCUUUGGAUGACACGCAAGCUCCGGGUCCACAGACUGAUCGCGAUGCGCAGCUUUUGUGCGGACAUUGCUUUUUUUUUUUCACCGCGAGCACCUGCGCUAACAAAUAGUGAUGUUAAGUCUGCUAAAUUACCCAUUGUGCCAUUUUUGCAGGGCUCAUUUACAUGGCUUGUUGUGGAGCAUUUCAGAGUUUGUUUACUGAGAAAGUCUUUUUUUUUUUUUUUUUUUUUUUUUAAGGUUCUGAGAGACACGGUGCACUGGUUUUUAUAAAGGAGUACGUGCAGGUGUGGUGGUAUCCAGAUUGAAGUUUGGUACUUGGUCACCAGUUGUUUUUGCACUGCAAAAAAUAGUCCUGUAAUAUUUCGACUUUUGGGAACUUUACUGUUGCACUUCUACCUGGCUAUACGCCACCAGUGUUGGAAUGAUGCCCAAACAAUUAGUUACACAUUCGAGCACCUAAACUUAAAUAUUUUCCAUUUGAUGACACUCCUGCUGUACAGUCCAGAUAGUGUUUUCCUUUUUACUUCAUAUAUUUAUUAGCUAUACUGAAAGAAUAAAACACAGAUAGUAGUUUACCACACACACACACACACACACAGGGGGAUAUUUUUCAUAAGCAGGACCUAUAAUGAAGUAUUAUUUAUUUUUUGUUCACCACUGGCUAUGAAAAGCAACAGCAAAGCAGACCCAUGCGCUUGCAGAUAUAUCCUUAUGUGAGUCAUGACAAAUAUGCAGAAUUUUUAAAGAUUCUGCAACAUACUGUUUAACCCACCGAAUGUCUUGAAUGUAACGUUAUUUGUAAAGCUAGAGGUCCCACUGCCUAUCACAGGGUUCAUGAUAUGUGCACAGGGUGUCUGCUUGUAUAAGCAAGUUACAUUUCUUGCUUAAAUUUUAAACUUUUAAAGAUUUUUUAAUCCCAGUUUAAAUAAAAUCAUACAUGUGAUGGAAAAGUGAGACUAUGCUCUAGAUAACCUCACUGACGUCAGUUUGGACAGACCUGUUGGCUAGGCCUGCUACCCUACUAUUUUUAUGUCAAAACGACUGCUGCAAACUAGGACUGCUGUCCCAACGAAACAGUCUACACACACAGCACAGUUUGUAUAAGCACCAAGACUGUUAUUUUAAUAAAUAGUUUUGCAGGUGGAUAGCACAGCCAUCACCUCUUCAUCACAUGAAGAGCCUAACCAUCAAAGAUGGGCGUGCCUUUAAUAAGUUAAGUUAGCUAUUGUAUGUACUCUUGCCAUUAACCAUUAAUGCAUUCAAAAACAGCAUGAAAGAGGAAGUGACCUUCAGGUUCAGUCGAACUGUUCGAUCUGAGGGGCAAAUCUGGCAACAUUACGUGCUGGAGAUUGUUGGGGCGAAAUAACCUGAGAACAUUUAAAUCCCAUUUGAGCUAAAUUUCAAACUGUUCGCUACUUUCAGCUGUCUGGCUUUCAGACUGGCUUUGGAUUACAGAAAGUGGUGCAUGCUUUUUCUCCUCUCAGCUCCCCAUCAUUCAAAAGCUUCCAUGAUUUAUAAGUUGUAGAGGUGUGCCAUCUAGUGUUGUACAAGCUUUACAAUCCAGCUAAGAAUGUAGUGUUUUUUUGUUUUGUUUUGUUU